AUGGCAGAUACUUCCUCGCAGUUUGAGACCAGAUUAUACAUCAAUGGUCAAUUUGCACCGUCUAAGGGCACGAGCCGUCUAACACUAUACAAUCCGUGGGACGAGUCCACCGUGGCGACAGAGGUUCACUGUGCCACGGCAGAAGAUGUCGACAUUGCUGUAGCUGCUUCGAGACAGGCUCUCAAGAAAGGACCAUGGAAGAAGUUCACCGGGGCACAACGAGCUGCUGCCAUGCUCAAAUUCGCGGACUUAGUCGAGCAGAACAUUGAGAAGUUGGCCCGCCUAGAAUCUCUACCCACCGGCCGACCCAUCAGCAUGAUCACGCACUUUGACCUUCCUGCCAUGGUAUCAGUUUACAGAUAUUAUGCGGGCUGGGCUGAUAAGAUUGCCGGCAAGACCUUUCCCGAGGACAAUGGAACUUACAAACUGGUCCGCUACGAGCCUGUCGGUGUCUGUGCUGGAAUUGCCUCCUGGAACGCCACGUUCUUAUACGUCGGCUGGAAGAUUGCACCUGCAUUGGCGGCGGGUUGCUCGUUUAUCUUCAAAUCGUCGGAGAAAUCUCCUUUAGGAGUUCUUGGACUUGCUCCUCUCUACGCAGAAGCAGGCUUUCCGCCAGGAGUCGUUCAAUUUGUUACAGGCGAUCGUGAGGCUGGUGCAGCACUGGCUAGUCACAUGGACAUCGACAAAAUCAGCUUUACGGGAUCGGUCAGUGGCGGACGGGCAGUUCAGGCUACCGCCACGAAGUCAAACAUGAAACGUGUCACCCUAGAACUUGGUGGAAAAUCACCAGCCAUCGUUUUUAACGAUGCUCCUCUCGAAGCAGCUGUCGGAGGCGUUGCCCAGGGCUUUCUUGCGAAUAGUGGUCAGAUAUGUGUCGCUUCGUCGAGAGUCUUGGUACAAGAGGACAUUGCCGAGAAGUUUCAAGAAGCAGUAAAGGCUCAAUUUGAGGCGGCAAACCAGCGACUCGGAGCUAAUCCUCUCGACCCAACCACCACACACGGCCCUGUUGUUGACAAGGCUCAGUACGAUCGGAUUACCGGAUACAUCGACAUUGGCAAGGAUGAUGCCGAGUUAAUAACAGGAGGAAGGAGGAAAGGUAACAGAGGGUAUGCCAUUGAGCCAACAAUAUUCAGGAACCCCAACGAGGGAAGUCGAAUCUGGACUGAGGAAAUUUUUGGACCCGUGAUGAGCAUCAAAACGUUCAAAACGGAGGAAGAGGCUAUCGAGUUGGCCAACGCAACCGCUUACGGACUGGCGAGCAACAUUUACACCUCUUCGCUAACACGGGGCCUUCGUGUCGCAAGCGCGCUCGAGACAGGUGGCGUAAGCAUCAAUUCACCAUUCCUGCCCGAAGUCCAAACCCCCUUUGGUGGUAUGAAGCAAUCAGGUAUCGGCAGAGAACUUGGGGAGGAAGGCCUGAAAGCUUAUCUGGAGCCGAAGAGUAUCAUGAUCAAGUAA